CACAGAGAGAGAUACCGUUCACUGCCUCUGUGCCCACUCCUCAGCUCUAACAAACCACUGCUUCUCUAGCCACACUCAGCAAACUAUUACUCCGACACAAGACAGCUCUAUUUCAGAUUUCAACGACGCAUUAUAACAGAAAAUGACACAGACUGGAAGGUGACAUUUUGUGUUUAAAGAGGCUUUAAACGACGCCGCUGUCUUCGAGAGGCUCGCUUUUACUCAUCCCAUGUUCCUUCGCCGGCUGAGCUCUUUGAGCUCAUCUUUCCCACCCUGCAGUCUUCCUGCUCUUUCCCAGGCCCGCUUCAAGAGCAACACUGAUUCCUCUGCGUCCUCCUUCCUUCCCCAAUUCAUUCCCACCCCUCAUCCAUGGUGGUCGGUGCCAGGGUUUCCACCCUGGCCUUCUCGACUUCCCCACUCCCACCCGUCUGCCCUUGAAUCUUUCACUCACAGGGCAUUACACCCCCUGAACAUCAACCUUGGUGACUUUGGUGCUUGCCGCUCAUUCCACACCUCUGCAGGCCACUUGAUGGAGUUCCCCGACAGAGACAGAGGGCCGCCCCACAAACGGAGGAAGAGUGGAGAGGAAAAAAAGGAAAGAAAAGAACAAAAUAAAGAAAAGGAGGGACCCAGAGGAGGAGCAACUUUGGGUAAGGAGGGAGGGUCCAAGAGGGAGCACCAUCACCUAGAUUCCAGAAAAGAUGGCAGCCUUCGAUCUAGUCACCACUUCAAUGAUGGAACUAAAGACAGAGUGAAGAAUAAUGUCGGGAAAGAUGUCAGAGGGGAAACCAGCAGAGAUAAAAAUGUGGAAAGGACUAAAAGUGAGACUAAAGACAGACAGCGAAGAGAGAGUGCAGACAGAGAUCAUCAUCAUUAUCAUCAUCGUCAGCAAGAAGGACAUAAAGAAUCACAGCCAGUGAUGCACAAACCCAACCAAUGGUUCAAAGGGAGGGGGUCUCAGGAGCUGGAUGGGCGUCACAGGGACACAAAAGGGACUUCAGAGCAGCAGAGGGAUGGAUGUAGUGAUGGAGGGGAGCCUCGCAGCACCACUCACCCCUCAAACCUGGGGCAGGUACCUGGAGGAAACACGCAGCUCUCUCCACCAAGAAGGGCUGUGAGAUCUCUUCAAAGACAUUGGGAGUCCUGCAGCACUGACCUCCACCCACCAGGUGACAGUUCGGUCUUUGACUUCUCGGUGAUGUCCUACAACAUCCUCUCCCAGCAGCUCCUGGAGGACAAUGCCUACCUGUACCGACACUGUGACCCGGACGUCCUGCCUUGGGAAUACCGACUGCAUAACCUACUGGCAGAGAUCCAGCACCACAAUGCUGAUAUCCUGUGUCUUCAGGAAGUGCAGGAGGACCACUAUGAAAACCAGAUUAAGCCUGCUCUCCAGGCACUAGGUUAUCACUGUGAGUAUAAAAAGCGGACAGGAAAGAAACCAGACGGUUGUGCCGUUGUCUUCAAAACCUCCCGCUUCUCCCUCCUCUCCUCCAAUCCCGUCGAGUUUUUCCGGCCCGGCGACACCCUCCUCGACCGAGACAACGUGGGAUUGGUUGUGCUGUUGCGACCUAACAACAGCUUCAGUCAUUUAAAUCCCUCCUCAUUCAUCUGUGUCGCCAACACCCACCUUCUCUACAACCCCCGGCGAGGUGACAUCAAACUGGCCCAGCUGGCAAUCUUAUUGGCUGAGAUCAACCGGCUGUCCCGCCUCCCAAACGGGCAGGUCAACCCAGUGGUUUUAUGUGGGGAUUUUAACUCUGCUCCCUGGAGUCCACUGUACAGCUUCCUGACCACAGGCUGCCUGCAGUAUAGUGGAAUGCAGAUUGGCAUGGUGUCAGGUCAGGAAAACAGUCCCAGAGGUCAGCGUCUCCUCAUGUCUCCAAUCUGGUCUCCCAGCCUGGGAAUAACCCAUCAGUGCCAGUAUGAAAACAAGCCUAGUGCUGAGACCUCGCCCACCAGCCCUACAGCUGUAGAGGGAGCGAUCUCUAAUCUCAGUGUGGAGGAUCUCGCUGCCAAAGCUGCUUAUGAAUUCAGCAGAGCGUGGAGGAUCGAGCACAGCCUGAAGCUGCAGUCGUCUUAUCAACAUCACCUGAUGCCUGACAGGAGACCUGAGAUCACCACCUGUCACUCCCGCACGGCCCUGACAGUGGAUUACAUCCUGUAUAGUCCCGAUUUCGUUCCACCUCCCUCGCUUCCAGGUGGGCGGGGCCUCCAGCUGCUGGGCAGGCUGUCAUUGGUCGGCCAGGCAGAGCUCGAGGAAGUCAACGGCCUGCCUAACCAUCGGCACUCAUCGGACCAUCUCCCUCUCCUCCGUGAGUGCGAUGGUGACAAAUGGCUGUAUCGUUUACCUCGGUUCACUGUGUGCUCAGGAUGCAGAGCUUUUGGUAUUCUGAGCGUCACUCCGCACUGCAGCAAGACACUCGGCUGGAUCUCAGCAGGCUUCAAGGGCUCCUCUCUGCAGCCUAUUGCAGAGUCGACAGGGGUCGGGUUUCAAAACUUGCCCGUUUACAGAGAGUAA